UUUACGCGACGGUGUUGUUAGGACUCCAAGAGAAGGUGUCUUUGGAAACAAGCUACCCUGUCGUUUCUGCUGUUGCUGUCAUGGUGUUGUUCCCGAACUCAUUGACGGAGGAAGAGGAGGCUCUACAGAAGAAGUACGCGAAACUUAAGAAGAAGAAAAAAGCACUUCUUGCAUUGAAGAAGCAGAGUUCAACCAACCAAACAAACCAGAGCGGCUUGAAACGAACGCUGUCGGACCAACCCGUUGUUGAUACCGCAACAGCGACAGAGCAAGCUAAGAUGCUCAUCAAGUCAGGAGCCAUCAGCGCCAUUAAAUCAGAGACCAAGAACUCUGGCUUCAAACGGUCUCGAAUGCUAGAAAUCAAACUUAAGGACCCAGAAAAGGGUCCAGUUCCUGCCUUCUUACCUUUCCAGAGGAGUUUCUCUGCAGAUGAUGAUCAACCUGAGUCUGGAAAGAGAGCUCAACGGAAGUCUUUGUAUGAAAGCUUCGUUAGUUCAAGCGACCGAUACCGAGAUGAAGAAGAAGGAGGCACCAUGUCAUCCAACCGUGAAAUGGACAGGGACAGAGAGCUGGACAGGGAGUGGGACAGAGACAGGGGCCGAGACCGGGAAAGGGAGAGGGAUAGAGGCCAAGACAGAGACAGGGAGAGGGACAGGGACAAGGACAAGGAAAGAGAAAGACACAGAGAUCGAAGCAGAGACAGAGAUAGAGACCAGGACAGGGAGCGGGACAGAGAUGCACCUUUCAGAAGAUCAGACUCGUACCCGGAGCGAAGAAGUUUGCGAAAAGGGAACACCGUCUACGUUUAUGGCUCCGGCCUCGUUGAGGACAGCUUGCGCUCCGCCUUCUCUCAGCAUGGGAACAUCAUCGACCUCUCAAUGGACAACCCACGCAAUUGUGCUUUUAUCACAUUUGAGAAGAUGGAGUCUGCAGACCAGGCUGUAGUUGAGUUGAAUGGAGCCGUGGUGGGAGACGUUCACAUUAAAGUCAGCAUUGCCAGGAAGCAGCCUAUGCUGGAUGCUGCCACCGGGAAAUCAGUGUGGGCCUCCCUGGCUGUGCAGAAUAGCACCAAAGGCUCGUACAGGGAUAAGAGGAACCAGGUGGUGUACAGCGAAGACUUCCUGGGAUAAAACAAGUUUUGUUUUUCCUUUUAAUGACAAGCGAGCCUGUAUUGUGGGAUUGUUCCAAUAUUUCUCUUGUCCUUGUGGAGGAGAUGUUCAUGUGGUUUGAGAUGGUUUUUUGGUUGAAUUUAAUAAAUGACAUCGUCUUACAUUGA